GGCCAACUGGUCACCAGGGUGGGGCAUAGUAGGGUCUGCUGUUGUUCUGCUUGUGUCCUGACUGUGUAACUAGAAGUGCUGAAUCAAUAGCCCAUAGCAUGACAGCUAGAAAGACGUAACGUUACCCAGUUUGAAACUUAUAUCCGUUCGUCCGGAGAUCCAAAACGGAGAUAGGUCUCAGCUUUUACGCAGACAGUGGUGCGAUUGCUCCAAUUCGCGCUUUGUUUUUGGAGCUUUUGUCUGUGCAUAGCUAGCAAGGAUCGACAAAAGGCAACGCAUUGACUGUGUGACAGAUGGGCUUUUGUGUGAAAUCUACGACUCACCACCAACAUGACCUCCAGCGUCACACGUAGAGUUGUGCGUGCGGGUGGGAGUUGUCUGGUGAUACGCAUUGUUGUGUUGGGGGAUGAGCCGUGCGUACCGCUGCUAGAGCUAUUUGCUCCUGGUCGAUUGUGGCUAGCGAGUGGCUCUAGCCUAUGAGUGGUCCACAAAGCAAACAGUUGCAUGUUCUCUGCAGAUUUCAAUAUCGAAACUCCACAGGCACCAAGCAGGCAUCUUUCUUAUUUUAUUAGUAACUGAACAGACCCCCAGUAUCGCCCGUUGGAUGAGAACACUGUGUACGGAUUUAGAGCCACUUAGCAGGCCGUGUCGCCAUUGCUUUGUAAGGCUGCUGGCUGGCUACCGUCUUCCUCAACUAGCAAAGCUGCUCGUGAAUCCGAGCAACACGGAGCGCCAAGAUGAAGAAGAAAGCUCGGCAGCACCGGGUUGCGGUGCCGCAGAGGCCCUCGUCUCCCAUCAAGCCUUCCCCCAACAAGCAGAUCCUGACUUACGCCCAGGCGCAGCGCAUGGUGGAGUUCGAUCUUGAUGGCCGCCUCCAUCGGAUCAGCAUAUACGACCAGCUGGACGUGAUCUCGGACGACGACCCCAUGGUGCAGGAGAUGAUGGAGUGCACCAGCAAUAAGGAGAAUGCUGAGAAACCACAGCAGCAGGUCCUCGUGAGGUCAGUCAGACUAAAAAACAGCCAGGAGAAGAGAAACGCUGCCCUGGGCAUCACUGUCCAUUCAGAGGGAGGCGGCCAUCAGGCUGCUAGUAUUGCCGCUCCAAAGCUUCAGGAGCCCAAAUUUCGUACGGUGGAGUAUAAUCUUCCAGCAGUUCCUAAGCGCUCAGCUGCCUUUUACAAAUACACGGAGAAGACGGAGGAAGAGCUGGACGAGGAAACGGAAUACGACAUGGAUGAGGAAGAUUAUGCCUGGCUGGAUUUAGUGAACAAAAAACGGAGAAGCGAAGGGGUCAGUCAGGUCUCUCACAACGUCUUCGAGUUCCUCGUCGACCGCUUUGAGAAAGAGCUGCACUUGGAGAGUCUGGACCAAGGCAGCGAAAAGCAAGCCCCCAUCGACGAGGACGCCGUCUGCUGCAUCUGCAUGGACGGAGAGUGUCACAACAGCAACGCCAUCCUGUUUUGUGACAUGUGCAACGUGGCCGUGCACCAGGAAUGUUACGGCGUGCCCUACAUUCCCGAGGGCCAGUGGCUUUGCAGACACUGCCUCCUGUUGCCCACGCAGCCCGCAGACUGCGUCCUUUGCCCCAACAAGGGCGGAGCGGUGAAAAAGACGGACGACGACCGCUGGGGCCACGUGGUGUGCGCCCUCUGGGUCCCCGAGGUCGGCUUCUCCAACACCACCUUCAUCGAACCCAUUGACGGCGUCAGCCACAUUCCUCCGGCCCGCUGGAAGCUCACCUGCUACCUCUGCAAGGAGAGAGGUGUCGGGGCGUGCAUCCAGUGCCACAAAGCCAACUGUUACACCGCCUUCCACGUCAGCUGUGCCCAAAAGGCCGGCCUCUUCAUGAAGAUGGAGCCAAUCAAAGAUGUAACGGACACCGGAGAGCCCACGUUCUCUGUGAAAAAGACUGCCUACUGUGGAGCUCACACUCCUAACGGGUGUGUAAGGAAGCCUCUUACAAUCUAUGAUGAGGCCAAACCCAGAAACGGACUGUGUAAGAAAGUGGACAAAGGGAGAGGCAUUGGUAAACGACGUUCAAAAGGAAAGAAGAAGAGUAAAAAGCCGGAACCUGAACCUGAAGCUGCAACCCUUGCUACUGUGCCUACGUUUCCUGCUCACAGGUUACAAACCAUUCUGAACCAGGUGUCCAUUCAGAAGAAGAAGGCGUUCGUGGAGCUGGUCCUAAAUUACUGGACAUUAAAGAGGCAAUCCAGGAACGGGCUUCCCCUCAUCAGACGCCUUCAGACAAGCAUGCAGUCUCAGAAGAACACGCAACCGCGGCAGUGUGAGGAGGAGAGCAGGGCCCUGAAGGACCAGUUGAAGGAGUGGCACCGCCUCCGACACGACCUGGAGAGAGCCCGGCUGCUGCUGGAGCUAAUCCGCAAGAGGGAGAAGCUCAAGAGGGAAGAGAUCCGACUGCAGGAGACCCUCCUGGAGAUACAGUUGAGUCCCUUCAGUAUUUUGCUCAGAGCCCUGUUGGACCAGCUCCAGACUAAAGACCAAGCCAAGAUCUUCACCCAGCCGGUGGAUGUCAAUGAGGUGCCCGAUUACCUCGACCACAUCAAGCACGCAAUGGACUUCUCCACCAUGCGGCAGCGCAUCGAUGCACAGGCCUACAACAACUUUGAACAGUUUGAGGACGACUUCAACCUCAUUAUUGAUAAUUGCAUGAAAUACAACUCAAAGGACACGUAUUUCUACCGGGCUGCUGUUCGCCUCCGAGACCAGGGCGGGUCCCUGCUCAGAAAGGCCCGGCAAGACGUGGAGAAAAUCGGCUUUGACGCGGAGAGCGGCGUGCAUCUGGCCGAAGCUCCGGAAAUCAAAGCACCCACAUCCUUUUCUUGGGAGGACGUGGACCGCCUACUGACGCCAGCCAGUCGGGAGCACCUGUCUCUGGACAAGCAGCUGCAGCAGCUACUUGAGAAGUUUGACAUGACCUGUGCCAUGAAGUCCAGCCCCUCCCGCAGCAAGCGCCUGAAGCUGCUCAAAAAGACCAUCAACGAUGUGCGCAAUGAAAUGAGCCUAAAGAGAGUCCUGCCCUCCAGCCACCACCACCACCAUCACCACCACCACCAUCACCACCACCACCACCAUUCGACUCCCUCCACGUCAGCAUCAUCUUCAUCGGCUGCCCCCCGCCCAGAGUUGAGUACACCUAAAGAAGAGAGAUUGAAGCCCAAUGGACUUUUUCCAGAUGACGAGGGAGACAAGUCUCUUCCUCCUAAACUGGAGCCUUCGGACUCCAUCCCCCUCCUCAACCACUCGGACAGCGACCCCGGGCCCCCCACCCUCAAACCAAUCGACGCCGCCCCGGACUGCGAAGACACGCAUCCGAGCAAGUUCGCGCGGUUUGACGGGGAAAUACCAGAGCUGCUCUCCUCCGCCCCUCGCCUCAACGGCCACUCCCGCCGCGACGGCCUCCAGAGCUCGCUGCUGCACGGGGACGUGAGUGUGGUGGCCACGUCGACCCUCGCAGAGCCCACGGGCACGGUCAACCGGCGGACCGCCGUGCUCUUCCGCAAGUCGAAGGCUGCCAGUCCCUACAAGCCCCCGAGGAGAGGGGACGAGGCAGGCGGCGGCGGCGGAGUCGACGGCAAAGAGGGCGAGGAGGAGGAGGAGGAGGAGGAGGAGGAGGAGGACGACGCUGAAGACGGCGCACAGCUGGGCUCCAAAUCCUUCCUGUCGGUGGUCAUACCCAGGCUGGAGACGCUGCUUCACAGCAAGAAGAGGAAGCACAGCGGCAGCAGGGACAGCGAGGAGGAGGAGGAGGGAGGAGAGGGAGAGCACGAAGAGGAGGGAGAGUCCCCUGUGAAGCGACUCGACACUGGCUUGUCGAGCGGUUUUCUGGAGGUGGACGAUGAGCAGGACCUAGUAGGCUCUAGUAGAGCCAGUAGGCUUGUGGAGCCACGAAGACGCUGUGCCUCUGAGUCCUCCAUCUCCUCAUGUAGCAGUCUGCCAGGAAGCACCAGCACUGUUCUCAGUCUUCCAAAAUGUGGGAAAGGGAAACCCGCCUUGGUCCGGAGAAACACUGUGGACGAUAAGAGCGAACUAAUCGCCUGCAUCGAAACCGGGAAUUUUGCAAAAGCUGCUCGAAUCGCUGCCGAGGUUGGCAACAGCAAUAUUUGGAUGCCCGCUAGUGCUGCAACAGUUGCAUUGGAACCCCUAAAGCUAGUUUGGGCCAAAUGUAGUGGAUACCCUUCCUACCCUGCCUUGAUCAUCGACCCGCACAUGCCACGCGUAGGCUGCCAGCACAACGGGGUGUCCAUCCCCAUGCCCCCCAUGGACGUGCUCCGCAUCGGAGAACAGAUGCAGUACAAAGCCGAAGAGAAGCUCUACCUCGUCCUCUUCUUCGACAACAAGCGCAGCUGGCAGUGGCUUCCUAGAUCCAAGAUGGUUCCUCUGGGAUUGGACAAGACCAUAGACAAAAUCAAAAUGAUGGAGGGACGCACGUCCAGCGUUCGCAAGGCCGUCCAGAUCGCCUACAGCCGCGCCAUGAAUCACCUGAGCAUAGUGCAGGACGAGCCAGUCAGCGACCUCAGUGACGUGGACUGAUGCCACUCGCUGACUCUCUCCCCUCACACACACACACACACACACACAAACCUUUACCUCUCCUGUACCAAAUACCUUCCUCUCCGCCAACUUCUCUCGCUCCAUUUCUGCAGGAGACUCAAAUGUUUACUGGGCACCUGCUGUAACAGGUGGUGUCUCUUCCUCAUCCAUUCCUACUCACGCCCACACUCUUACCAUGUGCCGAUGGGAUACGGCUGCUGCUGAAAUGAAUGUGUCUAUCUUAUCCUCUCCACCUCCUGGCCCGUAACUGUGCUUAGAGACAGCUCCUUUAUGUCCCCCCCCCCCCUUCCCCGCCUCCACCAAUCACGACUGUCAUUUCAAGGCGAAAACCCCGUCCGUGAUUGAUUCCUUACAUCUUGGCAGCCUUACCAAACUCUCCUGUGGUGUCAGGACUUUGUAGUAAGGCAAGAACUCAACACCGACUGCUACAUUUUGACCGUGACUGAUCGGUCGGUUAAUUUGGCAGGCAGCCAAUCAUUAUUUCUCUUACAAGUUAUUAAAAAAAAAAAAAAAAAAAAGAAGCAUCGAGUAGCUUGGUAAAUCAGCUACAUGAAAAGCUUUUUCCGUUGUAGCCUUUAAUUACCUUAUGUCAAGGUCACAUUUACAUACUGGUCAUCUCCAUUUACAAAUACCUUCCUUUUGUAUUUAAACUGUAAAUAAUCUGUACAGUUGCCUGACACUAACUUAUUUUGUAGUUUUGACAUAAAUGGGUACUGUACAGGAGUUUUCUUAGUAUUUAUACUUGAUGCAUUCUUGGCACUAACAUGCGAGUGCUAUUUUGACAGUGAUGUAUGAUCUAGGAGAAUAAAAGUGCAAAAGCCUUAGUAUUAAGGAGAUUAGGGCUAAAAAUGUAUUCAUUUUUUUAAGUUAUUGAAGUUUAUAAUCGUAAGCUUCCAUUUGGCAUUAAUCCUUUUUGUAUUCCAAAAUAGUUUUAGUAUAUUUUUGUUCAUAUAUAUAUUUAUAUGAUUUAAAGUCUCUGAAGCUCAUACAGGCAGUCUGAUGUCGUGGACCCAGAACGUAUAUAUUGUUCUCAAGAAACCAAAAAAGUUGCUACCCCAGAAGUUUUUUUUUUUUUUUUUGUUUGUUUUUCUUUUGCUGAUUCAUUUCCUGUGUGAUGUGUGAAAUUGUUGCCAAAAAAAGAAGAAAAAAAAAAAAAAAGUAUAAAGUGUAUUUUUAUGUGAUGCAUUUGACUGUUACUUGGUUUUGCUGUAGUCGUGGGGAGACGGGCCUGCGGUGACUUAUUGUAAAGUAUUUGCAUUACUUUAUAUCCAAGGAAAGACGUGCGAAGUGAUUGUGAUAAAGUGGCACAUUGCGUGGUGGAUACUUGCCUUCUUUUUAAGUAACCUUUUCUAACUUUUUUUUGUAGUUGUAGACUUCAAGACAUUUCAUUUUAUACUAUUGCCUAUUUCUUCUGGGUAGCAUUGGGCCGUUUUGAUAUAUUUCAUUUUGUACUUUACUGUCGUAGUAUUUUUUUUUUUUUUAAAUCAGGUCAUAUGAAAUAUUGC